AUGCAAUUCGAAGAGCCCUCAAAAGUAAACAAAUACCAUAUUGCCAGAUCUGCUUGUCCUAUGAUUCCAGCCAAGAGACGUAGGGGCCGCCCUAGAAAGAACGAUCUCUCAAAGCUAGAUGCGAAUCUGGAUAUAAUUGCUUCGGCAGUGGAUCAAGCAACUUUCGAUGCUAGAUCAUCACGAAUGCCAAGGAAAGUACCAGUGGGAGAUGGGAACGAUGAAAUUAUUGAUACAACAAAUGGUGAUGAUGAGGAUUUUAUCCCUGAGCUUGAUGAUUUGGUAGUGGAGCUUGAUGAGGCAGAAAACAUAGUCAAGGGUAAGAAAAAACAGAAAGUUAAACGACCAAGGACAAGCAGUUCACGAGGAAAUACUCCAGGUUCAACAUUAGAAGAUAAGGGUCGUGUAAUCCGAGCAUUAAAGGAUCUUUCCUCUGCUCGAGAUAAGAUCGAAAGACUUUACGGUUUGAACCAAGAAAAACUACUAAACUUAGCGAAGGUCAAAGAAGGAUUUGAGACAUGUGUAUUUUGUUUUCCUCAUGAGAACAUUCAGAGGGACUCUCCAUAUUUUAUCGACUUGAUACCGCCUUGCGCUUCUGAUAACGUUUAUGAACAACUUAUUGGGAAACAGAGGACAGUGAAACACGAAAUAGAUGAAAUUGAGCUAAGCCAAAUGUUCAAAAAGCGUAUAAAACCUUUACAAGUUGUUAUAGGGGAAGCUGAGCUCUCCCUGAAUGUAGAUCAAAAGAGCGAGUUCCCCGUUUUGCCUUAUGGAGAGAGAACGGGCUUUGUCUACAACACAGGUUCACUAAUCACCGAUAUUGCAUGGUUGAAACAGGAUGAUGAACAGUGCCAAUAUCUUGCGGUUUCUGUUUCGCAGUAUUUCGACAAACCGUCGGAUAUAAACCUGAGGAUGCUCGAAGUAGAAGAACAUGUGGCUUGCCUCGAGAUAUACAAGCUUGAUCCGCACACAUUGGCAUUCAAUAAGCUGCAAACGCUGGUACACAACUUUGGUGAAACGUGGAAUCUCAAAUGGCAUGAGGGUUGCAGAAGCCCAGGAUCGCUAGGAUCCCUAAUCUUUGUCUGUCAAGAUGGUACGGUGAAAAUGCUGGACGUGAAAAUGACCGAAGAGUACUCUAUCCAUAUGAUUGAGCAACCUGCUAUAUGUGUCAAACUGCCGAAAUCUAUGAUUACCUGUUUCGAUUUUAUGUCUGCCACCAGAAUUGUGUGCGGAUUCAAGAAUGGUUUCGUAGCUGAAUUUGACCUCCUGGACCCGCGUCUCCCCUCAUACUAUCGCAAGAUACACGACUCUUACAUCCUAACCCUCCUUGUUGCAUAUUCAGAGUUUGAGAACCCGGUCGUGGCUACAGUGGCAGUUGAUGGUUAUUAUUACCUAUUUGAUCCUAAAGAUAUUUUCACAAGCAAAACUAAUGUGACAAGGUUUCGUGGUACCAACAUCAUACCUUUGUCGUACAUACCACAGUUGUACGCAAUCGUAAAUUCUGACGGCUCGAAUACUCUCAAGACAGUUGCGCCUAGGGCGGCAUUUGCCGUUCAUCCCGUCAGCUCACAGGAUACAUCUAUCGUAUCAUUAGGAACAUCAAGGAUUCAUCCAUUAUGUUUAUCCGGGGGUUCGGACGGAAAUGUGGUUAUCGAUAACAUUGCUAGAAGGCUGCUUACUGGCAUAAAGAACAGCUCGCUUACACACACCUCGCUAAGACUUUGGAAAUGGGAAUAUAGCAAAGUUGAAGAUAAGUUCAGGCUGAACCAUGCGUAUGAACCUUUCAAAUCGAGUAUCAAUGAAGUAACUGGAUUGAGAAUCGAUCCUCAUGGCGUCAACGUUUCUUGCAUAAAAUGGAACGAGACAAGUGUUGGAGGCCAGUUCUACGCUUUUGCCAACAGCGCAGGCAUUUUAACUGUAGAGAAAUUAGGCAAGUGA